CUUAAACAUGUUGCGUACCACCACCACCAAGUUCUUGAACCAAGCUUCCGUUCUUAACCGUUCUAACCGUCUUUUCAGCACUGCCGCUGUCGCUUUGCAAAAAUUCCGUGCUGAACGUGAUACCUUUGGUGAUCUUCAAGUACCCGCUGAUAGAUACUGGGGUGCUCAAACUCAAAGAUCUCUUCAAAACUUUGAUAUUGGUGGUCAAACUGAACGUAUGCCCGAACCCUUGAUUCGUGCCUUUGGUGUCCUUAAGAAGGCUGCUGCCACUGUCAACAUGACUUAUGGUUUGGAUGCUACUGUUGGUGAAGCUAUCCAAAGAGCCUCUGAUGAAGUCAUUGAUGGUACUUUGAUUGAUCAUUUCCCUCUUGUUGUCUGGCAAACUGGUUCUGGUACUCAAACCAACAUGAACGUCAACGAGGUUAUUUCCAACCGUGCUAUUGAACUCCUCGGUGGUGAGCUUGGAUCCAAGGCUCCUGUCCACCCUAACGAUCAUGUCAACAUGAGUCAAUCCUCCAACGAUACUUUCCCCACUGCUAUGCAUGUUGCUGCCGUUGUUGAAAUCACUCACCGUCUUAUUCCCGCUUUGACCAACUUGCGUGAUGCUCUUCAAGCCAAGUCUACUGAAUUCGAACACAUCAUCAAGAUUGGUCGUACUCAUUUACAAGAUGCCACUCCCUUGACUCUCGGUCAAGAGUUCUCUGGUUACACUCAACAAUUGACCUAUGGUAUUGCCCGUGUUGAAAGCUCCUUAAACCAUCUUUACAACCUUGCUCAAGGUGGUACUGCUGUCGGUACUGGUCUUAACACCAGAAUCGGUUUCGAUGUCAAGGUCGCUGAUGCUAUCUCCAACAUCACCGGUCUUCCCUUCAAGACUGCUCCCAACAAGUUUGAAGCCCUUGCUGCUCAUGACGCUAUUGUCGAAGCUCAUGGUGCUGUCAACACCGUUGCUUGUUCUUUAAUGAAGAUCGCCAACGAUAUCCGUUACCUUGGUUCCGGCCCCCGUUGUGGUCUCGGUGAACUUUCUUUGCCCGAAAACGAGCCCGGAUCUUCCAUUAUGCCUGGUAAGGUCAACCCCACUCAAUGUGAAGCCAUGACCAUGGUCUGUGCUCAAGUCAUUGGUAACAACACCACCGUCUCUGUCGCCGGUUCCAAUGGUCAAUUCGAGCUCAAUGUCUUUAAGCCCGUUAUGAUCAAGAACUUGAUCCAAUCUAUCCGUCUUGUUGCUGAUGCAUCCAACUCUUUCACCAAGAACUGUGUUGUUGGUAUCCAAGCCAACGAAAAGAAGAUCAGCAGCAUCAUGAACGAAUCCUUGAUGUUGGUUACUGCUCUUAACCCUUACAUUGGUUACGAUAAGGCUGCCAAGUGUGCCAAGAAGGCUCACAAGGAAGGUACUACCUUGAAGGAAGCUGCUCUUUCUCUCGGUUACUUGACCUCUGAAGAAUUUGAUCAAUGGGUUAGACCCGAGAACAUGAUCUCUGCUUCCAAAGAGUAAACUCAUUAUUUCCCCCCUCCCACUUCGUCCCUACAUUGUAUUUUUUUCCAACUAGAAUUAAAACUCCUCU